UUGGAUUUGAAGAACCAAUAAGCUGAAUAUCGGCUAUUGAUUACUCAGCAGGAAAUAGCCCCUGUCCAGACGAUUGAGACAGUAGUAGGACAACCAACUGCCUUUUCCUCAACGACGAUGAGGGAAAGACCCUUUACCACCUAUGACUUUAUUAUGCAGCUCGACUCUGCCGAUAUGGGUAUCUUCAUAGAGGAGCCUCGACGAGGGGCAUCAUGCGCCACGCUCCUUCUCAAGACCCUCAAGACUCGUUAUGACUUCCUCCUACGGGGCCUCGGAAACAUUCAUGUCGAAUGCGUCGAAUACCGUAAAUCGAAUUCACUUUUCGAGGACUCAGAGCAUGAGUAUCUGGUGGUGACGGUGAAGGAAUCGUCAAGAUUCAUGCGGACAGGGUUCCUCUUGGUGGACAGGCUGGACGACGACCCUCCAUUUUCCGACACUUCGGCUCCGUCAUAUUUCGGCAGUAUUCUGUCGUCUAUCACUCAAUGGGUUUGGUCCUUGCUCCUCACUGUUCUAUACUUUUUCAUUGGACCGGUUCCGUGGCUUUUCGCUCCUUCCUCGACGACCUCGCCGCCCCCCACAGCAACUUCAAGCCGUCCUCAUCGCCGCAGAAAGAAAUGGGACCCUAUCGACACCCGCGAAAGACUCGUCGUCCUGCGCAACAUUGAGGACGCUCUGGAUGUUCAGGGCCAAUGCGCUUAUGAUGUUCUUAUGACGAUGGACCUCCGCCAGGCACCCAGACAGGUCACCUUCGAGGACUUUUUGCUCCUCGUCAGGACCACCUCGAGAAAUGCCCCGCUGCACAAUCAGUGCUUUUGGCUUGCCUACACUAUUUGGAAGGUUCUCGCGCUGGAGACAGGAGCACCCGUAGAGCGAACAAGGCGUGCUGUACGCCAGGGCAAACAUUCUUCUUGGCUGUGGCUGUCAGGUAAACAUUCUUUCGACGGAGACAAUGAAGUGAAUGGGGUGAGUACGCCAGAGACGAUCAAAUUGCAGUGGGAAGUGGCAAAGGUUUUUGCGAACCAAGAAUGGGCUGCGUCGCUACAGGCACUUCGUGCUCUGCAACGAAGCCCCUCAACAGGGACGAGCAGCCCGUCUACAGAUAGAGGCCGAAAUCAAUGAGCUUCUCGCGACGAUAGCGAGACUUGAACUUGAGCAGCCUGCUGGUAAUGUGUUCACCAAUGCUUGAAGUCUUUAUUUCUCCCUCAUUCACCAUCUUCGACUGUUCUAUGUAAUACUACUUGCCAUCUCGCUUUCAAACUUAUCUUUCUGUCUGACUGUACUUGCCUUGUUUCUGCUAUACUAUAAAAAUCUCUAUCGCCCGACCUAUUUUUCCAUUGCGUG